AUGGGUACGCUUACUAUAAGUCCUAAAAAAAACAAAAGUCCGCUGAUCGUCGUGUCAAACCGACUGCCGUUUGUUCUGAUUCGAAAUGCCGAAGGAAAUUUGAAGAGGAAGCCAAGUGCUGGUGGUCUUGUGACAGCCGUGACGCCAGUUGUUAUUGAAUGUAAUGGAACAUGGAUCGGGUGGACUGGUCUGUAUGAUUUUAAACCUGAUACUCCAAUACCCGAGUCUGACCCAUCGGACAAGUCUCCCGUUGCUGGUCUAAAAUCUAGUCAGAUUGUUCCCGUAGAACUGGAAAAGGAGGAAUUUGAAGAGUUCUACAACGGCUGUUGUAAUGGUACAUUCUGGCCUCUUUUUCAUUCCAUGCCAGAUAGCGCUACAUUUGCUCGCAAAGACUGGAUAACGUAUUGCAGAGUAAAUGAAAAGUUUGCCAAUUGCGUUUUGGACACUUUACGACAAGCCAUAAAAAAACUAGACGAUGCCGGAGAUGAAGACACGGUUCCCAUGGUAUGGAUACACGAUUAUCAGUUGUUGACAGCAGGGAAGACGAUACGAGAAGUGUGUAAAAGUGAAAACCUCCGGGUUAAACUUGGUUUCUUUUUGCACAUACCGUUCCCGUCGUGGGACAUUAUGAAAUUGUUGCCUUGGGAUAAAGACGUUUUCGACGGGUUAUUAGCUUACGAUGUCGUCGGGUUCCACACUAUUGAUUAUUGUUCAAAUUUUAUGGAAUGCUGUGAUCGGCAACCUAAUUGCAUAGUAGACCGAUCGAACAUGAUGGUAUUUGUCGAUGACCAUACCGUUGUUGUAAGACCUGUGCCUAUCGGCAUUCCGUUUCAUGAUUUUGAAAUGUUAUCGAAAAAAACUCCACCUUUGUUAAACGUUUCGGGAGACUCAAAAGUCAUACUCGGCGUGGACAGGCUAGAUUAUACUAAAGGAAUAGUUAAUCGGAUCCUGGCGUACGAGAAAUUCCUCGAAAGGUAUCCCGGCAAUAAGGGAAAAGUCGUCUUCAUACAAAUAGCAGUACCCUCAAGAACGGACAUUAAGGUGUAUCAAACGUUGAAAGACGAAGUGGAACAGCUAAUCGGCCGAAUCAUAGGACGUUUUUCUACGACCAGCUGGUCUCCAAUUCGGUACAUCUACGGAGGCCUCUCUCAAGAGGAGCUGGCGUGCCUAUACAGGUACUCCAGUGUAGCGCUAGUCACUCCGCUCAGGGACGGCAUGAACUUGGUAGCCAAAGAGUUUGUGGCCUGUCAAACAGGCGAACCCGGCGUGUUGGUGUUGUCGCCUUUUACCGGGGCCGCCGAGAAAAUGACCGAGGCGUUAUUGGCGAAUCCCUAUGAAUUGGACCUAAUGGCCAAUGCCAUUCACACAGCUCUUGAAAUGCCACUCGACGAAAGGCAAUUGCGCAUGACCCAGCUGCGACACCGUGAACAGAUCUGGGACGUCAACUACUGGAUGUGGUCGUUUAUUUCGUUAUUGGAAACUAAAGAACAACCGAAAAAAAAAUUCUUUUCCCGCCGAAACAUAGAGAGGACUCGUUGGAGACAAGUGCGUGUUUCUAUCGGUCUAGGCAAGCAAAACUAA